UCCCCCCUCUCUUCUCUCCUCUGGUUUUCUCUCUUCCCUCCUCUCUCCUCCUCCUCUCCAGAGUUAGGUUCAAUUUGCUUCGAUAUACGGACACCUAACACCGUCAGUACACACCACCACCACUGCUACCCAACCCUGUGAUACGUGAUCUUUCACUUCACACUGCCUCCGCCCGCGUGUAAGUUCCGCUGGGGGUUAAGCGCCUGCCAAGAGGCGUCAGCAAUACGUACAGGAACGUAUCGGGAUGGGCGAACCAAAGGGGAAAGCUGGCUGUACGGCUGGAUGUUGCGCCCCUCCUCGGCCAGUGGUGGAGGAGGCGAAGAAGGAGGAUGACUGCAGCUCUGCCUGUUGCGCUGGAGGCGCUGCUGCUGCCGCUGCCGUUGUUCCUGCCGCUGCUGCUGCCGUCGAAGCCGCUGAAGAGAGUGGGUGCCGUAGCGACCCGGUCUCAGGUGACGAGGACAGCUGCUGCGGCGACUGCGGCACGGCUGACGCCGCGUCCGAGCCGGACGACGAAUGCUGCGGGCUCAUCGCCCCAAAAUCAGCCCCGAGUUGCCAAGAUGCCUGCUGCUCGUCCAAGAAAAAUGAACGAGAUGUGAGGGAUGACUGCUGCAAGCCGUCGGGGCCGGCCGUUGUUAAGUCCUGCCAAGAUAGUUGCUGUGAUGCUCAAGAGGAGGAUGCAUUUGAUGCCGGAUGCUGUGGUCCGUUCGGUGAUCUCCCACAGGAUAGAUGCAAAGACAAGUGCUGCGAUACUCAGGAGGAGGGGGCAUCUCAUGAAGACUGCUGUGGUCCAUCCAAUAAUCUCCCACAGGACACGUGCAAAGACGAGUGCUGCGAUGAUUCUGAGCCCGACACGGCCGAGCCUCCUUGCUGCCAGCAGAAACAAAAGCCGUGCUGCGACGACUCUUGCAUCGACCGGCUCAUGCUCCGAGAAACUGCGAAUAAAACCAAGAAAGAUGACGACGCGGCGAGUUCCUCACAGCGCUCUGUCUCCUCCAAGGAGAAUUGGACCCGCGAGAAAUAUAAAACUAGGCUCGCAGCCUUAGGCUGUCUGUGCAGAGCACUGAUCGCGCUGGGCCAGGAGUCGUGCUGUGCGUCGCGAGAAGUCUCGUCGGUGGAGAGGAAGCGCGGCUUGAAGAAAGCCUGCUCCUCGGGAUCCCGCAAGAAACAGGCCUCGGCCUGCAAGUCCGUGACGACGGGGACUUGCUGUUCAGCCUCCCCAAAACGCAGUUCGUCGACCUUGAGAGACGAGCCCGUAAAAUCUUGCGCUAAAGGCUGCUGCAAUAAAACACCGAAGAACCCGUCUGUCACGCCUGCUCAAGCAGCUAGUUCCUGCUGCGAUACAUCAUUUAAGAACCGGAGCCGCAAGGAUGGUAAUAGAGCGGUUCAGCGUCUGCCAGGCAAAGAUAGAGGUACAGACGCCAAUAUCACUAACGUCGAGAUGGGCAUGUCUGGUGCCGAGCAUGUCGUUCUCAGUAUCACCGGUAUGACGUGUACAGGUUGCGAGACGAAGCUGCAGCAGACUUUGGGCAGGGUCAGCGCGGUCAAUCACCUCAAAACGAGCCUGGUCAUGGCCAGGGUUGAAUUUCAGCUCGACCUCAGUCUGGCCACGCCGGAGGACAUCAUGAAGCACAUUGAAAGGACGACAGAGUUCAAGUGCGACAGGAUCGCGACCCACGGCUCAACGCUCGACGUCAUCCCGGUCGAGGGAGCGAAGCAGUUCAUUCAGCAGGAUAUGCCCCUCGGUGUUGAAAGCGUAGAUCUUGUCGACAAGCAAACUGUCCGCAUCUUGUUCGAACCAGAUGUUAUCGGAGCUCGGGAUCUCCUCUAUAAAGGUUUCCAGACUCCUCCGAAUCUCGCGCCUCUCCAGGCUGAUCCGUCAGUUGCUGCGGGGAGUAAACACGUCCGAUACAUGGGCUGGAUGACCCUCGCUUCUGCCCUCCUUACAAUUCCCGUUUUGGUAUUGGCUUGGGCUCCGUUGGAGCCACGUCCGCUCGUAUACGGGAGCGUAUCUCUGGCCUUGGCAACUAUCGUCCAAGUCUUCAUCGCGGGUCCGUUCUACCCGAAGGCCCUGAAAAGUCUGGUGUUCUCGAGAGUGGUUGAAAUGGACCUACUCAUCGUCUUGAGUACGACUGCGGCCUAUAUCUUUUCCGUCGUGUCGUUCGCUUAUUCGGCCAGCGGCCGACCCCUACCGACUGGCGACUUCUUUGAAACGAGCACACUGCUGGUAACUCUCAUUAUGGUCGGCCGAUGGGUCAGUGCCCUAGCUCGCCAGAAAGCUGUGGAGUCUAUCUCGUUACGGAGCCUUCAGACUCCAACGGCGACUCUAGUCUCUCACGACGGUACCGAGACCGACAUAGAUGCUAGGCUGCUCCAGUACGGUGACAUUUUCAAAGUCGCCCCUCAUACCCAAGCUCCCACAGACGGCGUGGUCCUAUCCGGCACCACGGAGGUAGACGAAUCAAUGCUCACAGGCGAGUCGCUGCCAAUCGAGAAGAAACCGGGCUCCGUCAUUAUUGCCGGGUCUCUCAAUGGCUCCGGUACUAUCACGGCCCGUCUCACCAAGCUUCCUGGAGAGAACACGAUUAGCAUUAUUGCGGGGAUGGUCGACGACGCCAAGUUGUCGAAGCCCAAGAUCCAAGAGCUCGCAGACCGGGUGGCAUCCUACUUCGUCCCGACCGUCAUUUUAUUGACCAUAAUCGUCUUCGUUGCCUGGGUCGGCGUAGGAAUUCGCGUCCAAGGAAAAUCAGGAAGCGAGGCCGUGACCCAGGCGGUAACCUACGGCAUCACCGUGCUCAUAGUCUCAUGCCCGUGCGCGAUAGGUUUAGCCGUACCCAUGGUCAUCAUGAUCGCCAGUGGCGUUGCUGCCGAGAAAGGAUUAAUCUUUAAGGAGAGUGAGGCCAUUGAGGUGGCGUACAAGACCUCGCACGUCGUAUUCGACAAGACUGGCACACUAACCGAAGGGAGGCUCUCCGUGACAAUGGAGGAAUAUCCGACAGGGAGCCGGCAGGAAGUCGCCCCCCAGAUUUUGGGCUUGCUGGCUGGAAUCAAACACCCAGUAUCGUCAACUAUCGCCUCUCACCUAGAAAGCGGGGGAAUUUCGGGUAAUAAGGUCGGCGAAAUCAAGUCUCUCCCGGGCAAAGGCGUACAGGGAAUCAUCGAUGGUGUUACUGUUCGGGGCGGCAAUUCUCGCUGGCUCGGGACCGAGUCCAACCCCAUCGUACAAGAUGUACUCUCAAAGGGCUACACCGCCUUCUGCGUAGUCAUCGGAUCAGAGCUUCGGGCCGUCUUCGGACUGGCCGAUACAAUCCGGCAGGACGCGGCAUCCGUGGUGGCCGAGCUGCAGAGGCGAAACAUCGCUGUGUCGAUGCUGAGCGGCGACGACGACGGCGCUGUCCAGGCUGCGGCGACCAGCCUCGGGAUUCCCAGAGGUUGUGCCAUAUCUCGGUGCUCGCCUGCCGACAAGCAGGCCUAUAUCCAGACGCUCCUUGCACCACAGACGGGCGAGGGCCGUGGGAAGUCUCCCGUCGUUGUUUUCGUCGGUGACGGGACCAACGACGCCGUCGCGCUAGCCCAGGCCACCAUUGGCGUGCAUGUCAACUCGGGCACAGACGUGGCAAAAUCGGCGGCGGAUGUGGUGCUUGUCCGACCGUCCCUCGGGGGCGUGCUCGCAAUGGUGGACGUUUCGCGGGCGGCGGUGCGCCGCGUCGCGUUCAACUUUGGCUGGAGCUUCGUGUACAACGUCUUUGCGGUGCUGCUUGCGGCUGGCGCGUUCGUCAAGGCCGCCGGCGGGGACGGAGACGAGGUGCGCAUUCCGCCCGAGUUCGCCGGGCUCGGCGAGCUGGUCAGCGUGCUGCCGGUUAUCGUCGUCGCUGUGAGCCUGCGCUGGGCUCGGCUCUAGGGGGCGAGGUGAGCUAUAACGAGGUGAUGUCGGUAAAUAUAUGAUGGCUACCGCUGGUGUGAACGAGAGCGAGCCGGGUUUCAAGCAGGUUGCCUAGAUGAACCCAUCGAGUCAGGCCUGCGCUUCCCUUCUACAGAAAAGCACGUAUGCGGAGAACGAGCACGGUGUACGUGACCAUUACCGGGUUUACGAGAUGAUUUCAGGUCCCGGCAUGAUACGUCGGGAUGCCCCCCUUAUUUACUGCCCCCGCAGCCCAAUGGCUCUCGCAAGCCCGGGUUCGUUGACAUUCUUAGACAGUCCUUUCUGAUAACUUAUUACACAACAUCUUUUUGGCGACCGGCUUGAUCGGGAGUUUCGGGGACCCGCUUCUCUUCGAGCCGUCGUAACAAUACACGAUUGAAAUUGGUAGCACCAUUCUAGACCUUGGGCGAGGCAUCUUGACCUCAGUGAGAUUCCACUUCGUCGAUUUUGAAUUACCUGACAUCAAUUACUAUACAUAACGCUGCUAUUGGAGAAGGAGUGGUUCAGACGAUUUUUCGAACUCGUAUAUCGUAACCAAUACGCCCAUUCAACCCCGUCACAGAUCCGAACCCCCAGAGAGCCGGGGAGAAAAAAGCAGAGGGGAGGGGGGAAGGGGGGGCCUUUUUUAUUCACAACCUCCACCUGUGGGCCUCUGUCCCCCCCCCCCCCCUUCAUCG